CUCUUUGUCUGUACUGGUCUGUACAUUGCCGGCCGUCCAUGAAAUUAUUUAUUAAAAACUGAUUUGUCGCGGUAGACCUAAAUUGUUAAUUUCUUGUUAUUGUUUUAGAUUCAUCUGAAUAUACAUCAUGUCUGUGGCAGUAAAAGGUGUUUUCAUCGUGGGUGCCAAACGCACACCAUUCGGAACAUUUGGCGGCGUGUUCCGGAACACGUCUGCUACUGAGUUGCAGACCAUUGCUGCCACCGCCGCCCUCAAGGAUGCCGGUGUAGCACCCGACAAAGUCGAUACAGUCGUAGUGGGACAAGUUAUGUCGGGUACUCAAACAGACGGCAUCUACACACCCCGACAUGCAGCAUUAAAAGCGGGCAUCCCACAAGACCGGCCCGUUCUGGGCGUCAACAGGCUCUGCGGCUCCGGAUUCCAAUCCGUAGUCAACAGCGCACAGGACAUUAUUACUGGCGCUGCGAAAAUCUCUGUAGCUGGCGGUGUAGAAAACAUGUCUCAAGCACCGUUCGCAGUCAGAGGCGUCAGAUUCGGCACAACACUAGGAUUGAACUAUGCAUUUGAAGACACACUAUGGUCAGGCUUGACUGAUUCAUAUUGCGGCCUGCCCAUGGGCAUGACCGCUGAGAAGCUGGGUGCACAAUUCAGUAUUACCAGGGAUGAAGUGGACAACUUCGCUCUACGAUCUCAGCAGAGGUGGAAAUCUUCAAACGACGCUGGCGUGUUCAAGUCCGAAAUUGAACCUGUGACGUUGACAAUAAAGAAGAAGCAAGUUCAGGUGGCAGUAGAUGAACACCCUCGCCCGCAGACUACGCUCGAGGGCCUCAAGAAACUGCCACCUGUAUUCAAAAAAGAAGGGCUUGUUACCGCUGGCAGUGCGUCGGGCAUUAGUGACGGCGCUGGAGCAAUAGUACUAGCCAACGAGGAAGCUGCUAAGGGCUUAAAGCCUCUAGCCAGAUUAGUGGGAUGGUCAUUCGUGGGCGUAGAUCCGAGCAUCAUGGGCAUCGGUCCAGUACCCGCUAUACAAAACCUGCUAAAAGUAACCAAUUUGACCAUCAACGAUAUCGACUUGAUCGAGAUCAACGAAGCGUUCGUAGCACAAACCCUCUCGUGCGCGAAAGCUUUAAAACUGGAUAUGGAGAAGCUGAACGUGAACGGUGGAGCAACCGCACUCGGACACCCUCUAGGAGCCUCCGGGUCCAGGAUCACUGCCCAUUUAGUGCACGAGCUCAAACGCCGUGGCUUGAAGAGAGGUAUUGGAUCUGCUUGCAUUGGAGGUGGACAGGGUAUCGCUGUGUUAGUCGAAGCCGUGUAACCUAAAUAUAUAGAUAAUUAUAACUAUAUAAAUGUCUAAAAAUACUGUUGUU